AUGGCGGCCUCGACUCGACCUCUUCGCACAGCCCUGAUCGGCCUCUCGUCUUCUCCCACCGGCUACGGCUGGCUGAACCACUUCCACCUGCCUGCGAUCCGCGACCAGCACACGAAUGAGUUGGAGAUUGUCGCGGUUUUGGGCUCGUCGCUCUCCAACGCGCAAAAGGCCAUCGCGAAGCAUGGCCUGCCACCGUCAAAAGUGCGCGCGUACGGCUCGCCCGAGGACCUGGCCGCAGAUGACGAAGUCGAGGUCGAGGUUUUGGUCGUUGGCGUCAAGGCGCCUCUGCACCGGGCUGUGCUCCUGCCGUCCCUUUUGGCAAACAAGAGACUCAAGGGCGUGUUCGUCGAGUGGCCCAUCGACACGUCCCUGGCCAAAACCCAAGAAAUCGUCCGUCUCGCGCGCCAACGGUUUCCGGGACUUCGCACGGCCGUGGGACUGCAAGGCCGCUUCUCGGCCCUCACCCGGCGGAUAUCUGAGCUCGUGCGUGGCGACAGCCGCAGACUCGGUAGGAUCCUCAGCACCACCGUCAUCGGCACGGUGCCCACGGGUGACGGCCGCUCCGAAAAGCGCGGCUCCCAAUACGCCUUGGACCCGCGCAACGGCGCCACAAUGGUGGAUAUACACUUUGCGCAAUUCAUCGAGUGUCUCACGUUCGCUUUGGGGGCGGAUAUUAAGACAGUGUCUGGACGAGUGGCGACGAUGCAUCCGACGACGAACAUUGUGGAUGACACCACGGGGGAGAUUGUCCAGAGGGACGCAGAGAAGAAGAGUCCCGACCAAGUCCUCGUCCAGGGGUUUUUGAAGUCGAAACCGAACUCGAACUCGAACGAGAGAUCAGAGAAGCACACCGGCGACGACGAGGAGGGGAAAGAGGAUGACAAUGACAAGAUCGUCUACAGCAUCCACAUGCGCGGCGGCACCAGCAUCGCCGGCGGCAUGACCUGGCUGAUUUACGGGACAAAGGGCGAGAUGGAAAUCACCUCCCCUAUCCACAUGUUGCCGCACAUCAAUCUGCCCGUCCCGUGGAAGAUCCGUACGAGGAUCGAAGGGGAGGCAAACGUCAGCGAAGAACAAGUCUCGGAGCAGGAGGCAGGCCAGCCUGCCGUGGCGAGGCUCUGGAAUGCCUUUGUGGGUGCCGCUGGUGACCGAGAAGGCGACGACGGGUGGCCGGACUUUGAACACGCGUUGAAGAUUCAUCGCGUGGUCGAUGCGGUCUGGACAAGUAGUCGAGACGGGAAGGUCGUUGAGUUGUUAUGA